CACCACCACCAUCACCCGCCGCCGCCGCCGCCGCCGCCCCCUCCGCCCGGCCCCGGUCUGCCCCCGGCCUCCCCCCGCCACGGCCCGGCGCUCCCGGAGGGGGAUGGCGGCCGAGAGCCGCCCGAGCGGCCGAGGAGCCCGGACCCCGCCGACAGCGGCCUCGGCCGAUCCGGAUCCUCCUCCUCCUCCUCCUCCUCCUCCUCCUCCCCCUCCCCCACCGCCGCCGCCCCGGCCCCCGCCGGCGGGACGGGUUCCCCGUCGUCGUCGUCGUCGUCCUCGCCGCCGUCGUCGUCGUCGUCCUCCCCGCCGUCGUCGUCCCCGGCCUCCCCGGGCUCCAGCCCGGCCGACAGCCCCGAGCCUGCGGGGGCCGGGCCGGCGGGGGCCGGGCCGGGGCCGGCGGGGCAGGCGGCGGCGGCGAGCGGGGCCCUGCGGGAGCUGCUGGAGGCCUGCCGGAACGGGGACGUGGCCCGGGUGAAGAGGCUGGUGGACGCCGCCAACGUCAACGCCAAGGACAUGGCCGGGCGAAAAUCCUCCCCGCUGCACUUCGCCGCAGGCUUUGGGCGGAAGGACGUGGUGGAGCACCUGCUGCAGAUGGGAGCCAAUGUCCAUGCUCGCGACGACGGCGGGCUGAUCCCCCUGCACAACGCCUGCUCCUUUGGCCACGCCGAGGUGGUCAGCCUGCUGCUGGGCCAGGGCGCCGACCCCAACGCCAGGGACAACUGGAACUACACCCCCCUGCACGAGGCGGCCAUCAAAGGCAAAAUCGACGUGUGCAUCGUGCUGCUGCAGCACGGCGCCGAUCCAAACAUCCGGAACACCGACGGGAAAUCGGCCCUGGACCUGGCGGAUCCUUCGGCGAAAGCGGUGCUCACAGGUGAAUACAAGAAGGACGAACUCCUGGAAGCUGCUAGGAGCGGCAAUGAAGAGAAACUCAUGGCUCUGCUGACUCCUUUGAAUGUGAAUUGCCACGCAAGUGACGGGCGCAAGUCGACCCCUUUACAUCUGGCAGCAGGAUACAACCGAGUCCGAAUAGUCCAACUUCUGCUUCAGCAUGGUGCUGAUGUUCAUGCAAAAGACAAGGGAGGCCUUGUUCCCCUACACAACGCUUGUUCUUAUGGACACUAUGAAGUCACAGAACUGUUGCUAAAGCACGGCGCCUGCGUGAACGCUAUGGACCUCUGGCAGUUCACUCCGCUCCAUGAGGCUGCUUCCAAGAACCGGGUCGAAGUGUGCUCGCUGUUGCUUAGCCACGGCGCUGAUCCCACAUUAGUCAACUGCCAUGGCAAGAGCGCUGUGGACAUGGCUCCGACGCCGGAACUCCGGGAGAGGCUGACCUAUGAAUUCAAAGGUCACUCCCUCCUGCAGGCAGCAAGGGAGGCAGACCUUGCCAAAGUCAAGAAGACGCUGGCCUUGGAAAUCAUCAAUUUCAAGCAGCCCCAGUCGCACGAGACGGCUCUGCAUUGUGCCGUAGCCUCCCUACAUCCCAAGCGGAAACAAGUGACGGAACUGUUACUGCGGAAAGGAGCAAAUGUCAACGAGAAGAACAAAGACUUCAUGACCCCAGUGCACGUGGCUGCCGAGAGAGCUCACAAUGAUGUCUUGGAAGUGCUGCACAAGCAUGGGGCCAAGAUGAACGCACUGGACACGCUCGGCCAGACGGCCUUGCACCGCGCUGCCCUGGCUGGACACCUGCAGACCUGCCGACUCCUGCUGAGUUAUGGCUCUGAUCCCUCCAUCGUCUCCCUGCAAGGCUUCACCGCCGCCCAGAUGGGGAGCGAGGCGGUACAGCAGAUUCUGAGUGAGAGCACACCCAUGCGCACAUCUGAUGUGGACUACCGACUCCUGGAAGCAUCCAAAGCUGGGGACCUGGAGACUGUGAAGCAACUCUGCAGCCCCCAGAACGUGAACUGCCGAGAUCUGGAGGGGCGCCAUUCUACCCCCCUGCAUUUUGCUGCCGGUUACAACCGGGUGUCCGUAGUGGAGUUCCUCCUGCACCAUGGAGCUGACGUGCAUGCCAAAGACAAAGGCGGCUUGGUGCCCCUACACAACGCCUGCUCGUAUGGCCACUACGAGGUAGCGGAGCUGCUAGUGAGGCAUGGCGCUUCUGUCAACGUGGCUGACCUGUGGAAGUUCACACCCCUGCACGAGGCGGCUGCCAAAGGGAAGUACGAGAUCUGCAAACUGCUCCUCAAGCACGGGGCCGACCCGACCAAGAAGAACAGAGAUGGGAACACCCCCUUGGACCUGGUGAAAGAGGGGGACACAGACAUUCAAGACCUGCUACGGGGGGAUGCGGCCCUGCUUGAUGCCGCCAAAAAGGGCUGCCUGGCCAGGGUGCAGAAGCUGUGCACCCCUGAGAACAUCAACUGCAGAGACACGCAGGGCCGCAACUCGACGCCGCUGCACCUGGCAGCGGGUUACAACAACCUGGAAGUGGCUGAGUAUCUCCUGGAGCAUGGGGCGGAUGUAAACGCCCAGGACAAAGGGGGCUUGAUUCCUCUCCACAAUGCAGCCUCUUAUGGGCACGUGGACAUUGCGGCACUGCUGAUAAAGUACAACACGUGUGUCAAUGCCACAGACAAGUGGGCCUUCACACCCUUACAUGAAGCUGCCCAAAAGGGGAGGACACAGCUCUGUGCCCUCCUCCUGGCCCACGGCGCGGAUCCGACUAUGAAGAACCAGGAAGGUCAGACACCUUUGGACCUGGCAACGGCUGAUGACAUCAGAGCUUUGCUGAUUGAUGCCAUGCCUCCUGAGGCUCUGCCCACCUGCUUCAAACCCCAGGCCACAGUGGUGAGCGCCUCUCUCAUCUCACCCACGUCGACGCCAUCCUGCCUCUCGGCUGCCAGCAGCAUCGACAACCUGACGGGACCCCUGUCCGAGCUGGCCGUGGGAGGCGCCUCAAACGCUGGAGACGGCGCAGCGGGCACUGAGAGGAAGGAGGGAGAUGUCCCGGGCCUCGACAUGAAUAUCAGCCAGUUCCUCAAAAGCCUCGGCCUCGAGCACCUGCGGGACAUCUUUGAGACAGAGCAGAUCACCUUAGAUGUGUUGGCAGACAUGGGUCAUGAAGAGCUAAAAGAAAUUGGAAUUAAUGCUUACGGACACCGUCAUAAAUUAAUUAAAGGGGUGGAGAGGCUUUUAGGAGGACAGCAAGGCACCAACCCUUACUUGACUUUCCACUGCGUUAGCCAGGGAACGAUCCUAUUGGAUCUUGCCCCGGAUGAUAAGGAGUAUCAGUCCGUAGAAGAAGAGAUGCAGAGUACGAUCCGGGAACACAGAGAUGGUGGCAACGCCGGCGGGAUCUUCAAUCGAUACAAUGUAAUCAGGAUCCAAAAGGUGGUGAACAAGAAGUUGAGAGAGCGAUUUUGUCACAGACAAAAGGAAGUGUCCGAGGAGAACCACAAUCACCACAAUGAGCGGAUGCUAUUUCACGGGUCUCCUUUCAUCAACGCCAUCAUUCACAAGGGCUUCGAUGAGAGGCACGCUUAUAUCGGGGGGAUGUUCGGAGCGGGGAUCUACUUCGCAGAGAAUUCUUCUAAGAGCAACCAGUACGUGUAUGGAAUAGGAGGAGGAACGGGCUGUCCCACCCACAAAGACCGGUCAUGCUAUCUCUGUCACCGCCAGAUGCUGUUCUGCAGGGUGACACUCGGGAAAUCCUUCCUCCAGUUCAGUACGAUGAAAAUGGCCCACGCGCCCCCCGGCCAUCACUCCGUGAUCGGCAGGCCGAGCGUGAAUGGGCUGGCCUACGCUGAGUAUGUCAUCUACAGGGGCGAGCAGGCUUAUCCAGAGUAUCUCAUCACAUACCAGAUCAUGAAGCCAGACGCCCCAUCCCAGCCGGCAGCCGCGGCAGAACAGAAAACCUAGGCCACUCGAGUUUAAAUAUGGGACUGGACUCCACCUCGUUGUUUCGGGAAAAUCAAAACCCCAUAAAAACCCGCCAGCCUAGAAACAAGCUGUGUGUCUUUUCUAAAGCAUCGCUGUCGUGAUGGAUGCCGUCUGGGCACCGGGUGCAUAUACUGAACUGUGCUACCGUUCCUCUCAAGGAAACGUUCGCAGGGGCUGCCUGUCACCGGAAACUGGGCUCGCUGUCCCCCGCACUUCUCCCACUCUCGAAGCUCCAGCCCUGAUGGCUGCCAGCCAAACUCUGGGGACUUGACAAGCAGAAAACUGGCUACUCCAGGGGUUGAAAUUUCAGACACUACUGUCCUCAUUCACUCACUACUCCUGUUAAAAGCACCACCCGUACACCACCCGUUCACAAACCCACAUGUCUUUUAAUUUUGUGGAGACCUCCGUAAUCAGCUAUUUAUGAUUGGGGAUGGUUGUUUUUGUUUUUUGUUUUUUUGAAAAUGAGCCAGAACUUUCUCGAGGAUAAUUUGCACAAAGUCAAGCAGACUGAAAACAUUAACCACGCAAUACAAGUUUCUUACCAAGAAGGGUUUAGGUCUAAUUCUCUUGUGGAUUUUCCUUUUCCUUUUGCACUUUUUAGGAGCAGCUGUCACCGUCCACGUGCAGUGAUGUGAGGGGAGCGCGGGUGGUUGGGCAUAGGGGAGGGUUAAGGGGGAAGUACCAAGAUCCCUUUGCCUGAUUUUUCCAGAGGAUGCUCAGAAAAGGGGGCUUGGGCUCUGUGGGUGUCUUCUGACGGCCACUUGCCGAGUUACAAACGCCAGUUCACCCCGGGGCUGGGUUGUAAUGUGGAGGGAACUCUGAAAACAAGCGUGUUCGCCAUGAAAGGAUGGGGCCCUGAGAUGGGAAAUGAACUGGGGCGAAGCAAGAGCCCAAAACCCAUCAAACACCCACCUCACCUCCCCACCCCCCCAGCGCACACACAGUGGGGUUAUGUUAGGUAAAGUUAAGUUCUGGGUUCUUUUCCUUUGGAUAACGUAUAGCCUCAGAAGAAAGGUAAGGAGAGGAAUUAAGCAACACACCAAGAGGACGACACAAGUGUUUCUUUUAGCCAUGGGGUCCAUUUUUGAAAUUAGCAAAGAGCUAGAAUCAGGUAAGAGCGUGUUAGCGUGACUGUGCGUGUGCAUGCGUGCGUGUGUGAGAGAGAGAGAGAGAGGCAGGUAGAAUUUCCUCUUCUCUCCCCAGGUUUUAGAUUACUUUGAGAUGGUUGGAAAGCCUGGAAUUGAGUCCGGGAUCCCUUUAACUUAGUGUAAACAGCAUUAAUCAAUUUUAAAACAUUUUAUGAAGAGCAGAGUUCCAACCUCUCUUAGAUAUUUAGACAAAAAAACAAGGAUGAAGACCAAAUCCCAGGAGACCUUUUCCAAUGGCAUAUGUGUUGGUAGUAGCAGCCGCUUGGGGUCUCAGCAGCCCAAGGGCACUCUCCCUGCAGGGAAGGGUGACCUAUGGUGGUCCUGAUGCUGGGGGGGCCUGACGGACCACUGCUGUGGCCUGCCCCAACCCAAGCGGAGCGUGGAGCUGCGUGCGCUCCAUCGGCAAGGCCUGGAGCCCCCGCCUAAAGCCAGGGGCUCUGAACAUGGUGGAAAAGCAGUCAAGAGAUGCAAAUUUCUCUUUCAGUUGUAAAAUGACCGGGAAAGUCAUGCCACCAAUUGUAAAGGUUUCUCCUUCAGCGCAGACUGGUUGGCCUGAGCUUGCGCUCACCUAACCUAGCAUCUCUAAGGGUCUAAGGGGAAGGGUUGGAAGCUCUGAUACCAAAAUGUCCCGACCCACUUGGAACUGUUCCUCUGUAUUUGUUUCUCAAGUUGAGUCCCUGGCUGGGACGCGGGGCUCGGCACAGUGGGCUCUGUGGGACGGCAGGCCUGGCUGGGACAUGGGUCACAGCUGCGGUAAAUGGGACUUUGGGAACAAGAUGCUUUUGCCCCGGAAGAAGUUUCUGUGACCCAAGGUGGUGUGUGUGGAUGUGUGUGUGCACACGUGCACGCUUGCCGACUACUCGUGUCAUCCCUUGAGCGUUCAGACAGACCCCGCUCAGCUGGGAGCUUUGGGAUUGGUGGUGAGGUUUCCUCUCUCCGUGUUGAACGAUGCUGGAGGUUGGAGUGUGCUCUGUGCGGUCCGGGGGCCAGGAGCUGCAGCGGUGCAUGGGUUCUGCCGUUAGGUUUUGAGACAGAGAGGGUGAGCCCAGCGGCACUGGCCAGGGGAGCCCCCACGAUGACGCUGGGGUCACUGAGGAAGCUUGUCCGAAGCCGGUUCCGCUCGACCGUCGGCUUUCCCGCCGGCUUCCGCCGUACCGACAGGGUCGAUGGGGGUGCCGACUUUGAACUGGAGCCUGGAACAUCCGGAAGAUAAAACUGUGGUCCAAUAUCUUCGAGUUGCCCAUGUUCUGUAUCUGACGUUCUGUGCCCAGUAAAGGUGCUGUGUGAGGAAA